AGGAGAGCUAGGGAGGCCGCAAGAGAGGCCGGAGACGGCGGCUUAGGGGCGGGACUCUUUUUUAAAGUCCGUGGAGGAAGUGCAGGAUCCCUCCGCGGGGAGUCACGUGCCCCGCCCCCUUGGGGGCGUCGAAACUCUUAACAAAAACAAGGGGCUUGGGGAGGCCUCGGCUGAGGCGGCGGGGUGCGGCGGUGGGCUGGUUUUCGGCUUCCGGCGUUGCGCCCCGGCGGAGGGUGGGCGCGCGGGGAGCGGGAUGGAGCCGGGGCUGUGAGGCCGAGGCGGCGGUGCCUGGGAGGAAGGGUCGGAUGCCGGGCCGGGGGCACCGCUGAGGCGGUGGGUCCCCGACCUGCGAGACAGGUUUGGAAGCCCCCGCUGCGCCCAGUCCCUGCGGACCGCGAGGCCGCGGGCGGGUGGAGGCGCGUCUCCGGCACGAUGAAGGAUUUGGGGGCAGAGCAUUUGGCAGGUCAUGAAGGGGUCCAACUCCUCGGAUUGUUGAACCUCUACCUGGAACAAGAAGAGAGAUUCCAACCUCGAGAAAAAGGGCUGAGUUUGAUUGAGGCUACCCCGGAGAAUGAUAACACUUUGUGUCCAGGUUUGAGAAAUGCCAAAGUUGAAGAUUUAAGGAGUUUAGCCAACUUUUUUGGAUCUUGCACUGAAACUUUUGUCCUGGCUGUCAAUAUUUUGGACAGGUUCUUGGCUCUUAUGAAGGUGAAACCUAAACAUUUGUCUUGCAUUGGAGUCUGUUCUUUUUUGCUGGCUGCUAGAAUAGUUGAAGAAGACUGCAAUAUUCCAUCCACUCAUGAUGUGAUCCGGAUUAGUCAAUGUAAAUGUACUGCUUCUGACAUAAAACGGAUGGAAAAAAUAAUUUCAGAAAAAUUGCACUAUGAAUUGGAAGCUACUACUGCCUUAAACUUUUUGCACUUAUACCAUACUAUUAUACUUUGUCAUACUUCAGAAAGGAAAGAAAUACUGAGCCUUGAUAAACUAGAAGCUCAGCUGAAAGCUUGCAACUGCCGACUUGUCUUUUCAAAAGCAAAACCAUCUGUAUUAGCCUUGUGCCUUCUCAAUUUGGAAGUGGAAACUUUGAAAUCUGUUGAAUUACUGGAGAUUCUCUUGCUAGUUAAAAAACAUUCCAAGAUUAAUGACACCGAGUUCUUUUACUGGAGAGAGUUGGUUUCUAAAUGCCUAGCCGAGUAUUCUUCUCCUGAAUGUUGCAAACCAGAUCUUAAGAAGUUGGUUUGGAUCGUUUCAAGGCGCACAGCCCAGAACCUCCACAACAGCUACUAUAGUGUUCCUGAGCUGCCAACGAUACCUGAGGGGGGUUGUUUUGAUGAAAGUGAAAGUGAGGACUCUUGUGAAGAUAUGAGUUGUGGAGAGGAGAGUCUCAGCAGCUCUCCUCCCAGUGAUCAAGAGUGCACCUUCUUUUUCAACUUCAAAGUGGCACAAACACUGUGCUUUCCAUCUUAGAAAUCUGAUUGUUCUGUCAGAAUUUAUAUGUACAGGUUUCAAAGCAAUAAAUGGGGGAAUAGGUAGUUUUCUGGUUUAGCCCCCAUCUAGUCAGGAAUUAAAUAUACUGGAAUACCUACCUUCUAUUUGUUAUUCAGAUCAGAUCUGGCCUAUUUUCAUAUUUAUCCUAAGCCAUCAAAUGGGGUAGUGCCUCUUAAACCAUUAACAGUACUUUAGACAUUGGCACUUUAUUUUUCUCGUUGAUCUUUAGCUACUUUGGGGAGGAGGGAAGGUGCUGAUACCUUCAAUUUGUUACUUUUCAAGAUUUUUAAAAAUAAUAACUAGUGUAGCUUAUCUUAAACAUUUUAUAAAACCUUCAGAUGUCUUUAAGCAAGAUUUUUAAAAAUAAUAACUAGUGUAGCUUAUCUUAAACAUUUUAUAAAACCUUCAGAUGUCUUUAAGCAGAUUGGAAGUAUGCAAGUGCUUCCUUAGCAGGGACAGUGGAUAAUCCUUCAUGGUUUAUCGUAGAUUUCCCCCUCCCCUCUUCUCAGAAGAGUGAAUAUGCUCUUAAAUGUCAAACACAUUUUUGUUGUUUUGUUUUUUAAAUGAUCAGUGUCUAUUUGAUGUGAUGCAGCUCUUAUAAAUUUGGGAAUUAUUGACAUUUCUGUGAUUUUUAUAUAUGUAAUGUCUUAAUUGAGAUUUCUGCUAAGGCAGAAAUAAUUAGGCUAGGGCUCUUAGUUUCAUUCCUAUUGCCCAAGUAUUGUCUAACUGGUAUUAUUUUAAUGUUACUUUAAAAAUCCAUAAUCUGCUAGUUUUGCAUGUACUUGUAUGAAAACAGUGCAGUAAGUUGAAAAUUCAGUAUCUAUGGAAUUGAUAAAUGUUGAUCUGGUAGUAUAUUUUAUCUCAUUUUCUUACAUUAAAAAAUGUCUGCAUGAUUACGUUUUAUUUCCUUUGUAAUUUACAUUUCAAAAUAAUGUAUUGCUAUAUGGGUGCCAAGAUUGAAUAUGAAGAACCCGAGUGUUUGUAGUAUUAUAGUUUUAAGCAAAUCUGUGUGGUGAUACAGCCAUAAGAAUGGGGCUUAUAUAAACUCUGUACAUGUAAGAUUUUGUACAGAGAAUUUUUAACUUUAUAAAUUGUAUAUGAACAUGUAAAUCUUUUAAAAUGUACAUAAAAUACUGUAUUUUUUUACUUUGUGUUAGUCUAGUCAUUGCAUGUAAAUAUAAUUUAUUAUGUAUUCUGUAGUAUAAAUCAUACAUUGAUGACUUACAUUUUUACUGGUAAGUCAACAUCCGUUGGAUGUUUUCUGAAGUGGCUCUUUUUGAAGUGAUAAUAGAUUGUAAUUCAAAAUAAAAUUAUUAAUGAAUUCUC